UUUUUGGUGAGAAGUAGCUAUAAUGUUGAAGGAAAGUUCCCUCCCUCUGUCUGUCAGCUCCCUCCUCCUGCAGUGAAUCUGAACCAUCAGAGGACAGCAGGUAUAAAGAGAGACGCACACAGAACGGCGCUGUGUCGGCAGAGACGCAUCCCGGGACCACACAGACAAYAUCUACCAUCUGGAGACUGACGGAAAAUAUUCCUCAACUUUAUAUCUUUAUUUGGAGCAACAUGAGAGAGUGCAUCUCCAUCCACGUGGGCCAGGCRGGUGUCCAGACUGGAAAUGCAUGCUGGGAGCUGCUCUGCCUCGAGCACGGUGUCGGCCCCGACGGCGUUUUCCUGGAUGGUCCCACUGAGCCCAACUCUCGUGAAGACCCCUUCAACACGUUUUUUAACACGGGGAGUUUUGGUCGACACGUUCCCAGAGCUCUGUUUGUGGACCUGGAGCCCACGGUUAUUGUUCAGUGUAUUUUCUUCAGAUGAAGUGAGAGUGGGGAUGUACCGGGACCUCUUCCACCCCGAACAGCUGAUCUCUGGGAAGGAAGAUGCCGCCAACAACUACGCUCGAGGUCAUUACACCGUCGGGAAGGAGUUCAUCGAUGGAGUCAUGGAGCGAGUUCGAAAAAUGACUGAUCAGUGCUCCGGUCUACAGGGGUUCCUCGUCUUCCAYAGCUUUGGCGGAGGUACUGGCUCUGGUUUCACCUCUCUCCUCAUGGAGCGUCUCUCAUUAGACUUUGGUAAGAAAUCUAAGCUGGAGUUCGCAGUGUACCCAGCUCCCCAGGUGUCCACUGCAGUGGUGGAGCCAUACAAYGCUGUCCUGACCACCCACACCACCCUGGAACACUCCGACUGCGCCUUCAUGGUGGACAACGAGGCCAUCUACGACAUCUGUCGCCGCAACAUGAACAUUGAGACUCCUGGCUACAUCAACCUCAACAGACUGAUUGGUCAGAUCGUUUCCUCCAUCACCGCUUCACUUCGUUUCGACGGCGCCCUCAACGUUGACCUGACGGAGUUCCAGACUAACCUGGUCCCAUUCCCUCGUAUCCACUUCCCUCUCGUGACCUACUCACCCAUCAUCUCAGCUGAGAAGGCCUACCACGAGCAGCUGACAGUGUCUGAGAUCACCAGUGCGUGCUUCGAACCGACCAAUCAGAUGGUUAAGUGUGAUCCUCGUCGGGGCAAGUACAUGGCGUGCUGCAUGCUGUACAGAGGUGAUGUUCUGCCAAAAGAUGUCAAUGCUGCCAUWUCGAGCAUAAAGACCCGACGCUCCAUCCAGUUUGUUGACUGGUGCCCCACUGGCUUCAAGGUCGGCAUUAAUUACCAACCUCCAACUGCGGUCCCUGGAGGAGACUUGGCCAAGGUCCAGAGAGCWGUGUGCAUGCUGAGCAACACCACCGCYAUCGCUGARGCCUGGUCGCGUCUUGACCACAAGUUUGAUCUGAUGUACGCCAAGCGAGCUUUCGUCCACUGGUAUGUGGGCGAAGGUAUGGAGGAGGGAGAGUUCACAGAGGCCAGAGAGGACCUUGCUUGUCUGGAAAAGGAUUAUGAGGAGUUGGGUCAAAUGAGCUCUGAUUCUGAAAAUGACGACGAAGAAGUCUGAAUCUUACAAAGCUCACCAGGGGUCAUGGGUAGACGUAAAACUGUAAGAAUCUGUUCCUUCAGUUUAGUUCUUCUGUGCAAACUUCCAUCUAUCCAUCCAUUAUCUAUAYCCGCUUCUUUCUUUCAGGGUCAUGGGCRUCACUGGUGCCCAUAUCCAGCAGUUUCAGUGCRAGGGGCAGGGUACACCUGAGAUAGAAUUAUACAAACUUGCAUGUUUGUAAUUGAACUGUUGAAAAACAU